AUGACGCGGGGCGCCUACGCCGUCGACUUCGGCGAUGGCGAGGCGGAUAAGAGGUGGAUCGAGAAGAAGAAGAAGAUCGCCGCGGAGCGCCGCGCGAGGAAGCGGGACGAGCUCGAGCGCCUCGCCGCGCGCGUGCGAUCCGUCGAGGCGGUCGCCGAGCGCGCGGCGACGAACGGCGACGAGCGCCUGUGCGGGCUCCUUCGACGCCUGCGCAUGGCGCGCGGCGUCGCGGGCGGCGUAGUGGACGAGAGCGUGGACGGGAGGGUGAACGCCCCGGCGAGCUCUUCGUCGUCGUCGUCGUCGGAGGAGGAGGACGAAGAGAGCGAGGAGGCGGCGGCGGAGGAGGACGCGUCCGCGUCCGCGUCGGACGACUCGAACGACGACGACGCGUUCGAAUUCGACGACGAACACGCGCGAAGACGACCGAGCCGCGGACGCCGAACGCCGCCGCGCGCGUCUCCCGUUCUCCGACGCCGCGAAGACGCGAUCGUCGCGGAGAUACGCGUCGAGCUCGCGGAGACGAAGCGCGAGCGCGACGCGAUGCGGCGCGACCUCGAAGCGCUCAGAGCGCAAGUGACAGAUCGCAUCGAUCGAAGCGCGCGCCCGGCGUCGGCGUCGUCGCCGUCGCAGCGUCCGUCGCCGUCGAGCCUCUCGCGCGUCAAGCAGCUCGCGUCCUUACGCUUGGAAGAGGCCGAGCGCGCCGCGACCGUGGCGACGGAGGUGGCCGCGGAUCACAAGAGGGAGACCACCGAGGCGCGCGCGAGGCUUCGCGCGUGCGAGCGCGCGCGCGCGGCGGAUCGCGUCGCCGCCGACGACGCGCUUCGGUCGACGCGCGCCGAGCUGAAGAAGUCGCAGAAGCGCGCGAGCGAGCUCGAGGACGAGCUGUACGCCGCGAAGGACGCGGCGCGCAUUAAGCUCAAGCGUAAAGACGACGCGAUUCGAGCGAUCGAGAAGGACCUCGACGACGCGCUCGAUCGAUGCGGCAGAGCGGAGGCGUUGAAUCGAGACUUGCGACGCGAGAGCGAGGCGCUGAUGGUCGAGACGCGCGCGGCGAGCCGGAAGUGCGACGCGCAGGCGAAGGAGACGGAGGCGUCGAACGCUCGGCGAGAGAGCGCGGAGCACGAGCUCGCGCGGUUGAGGAAGUGGGCGGAGGCGCAGAGGAAGGACCUCGAGAGCGCGGUCAGGCUGGCGAGCGGCGUCGACGUGUCGCGGAGCACGGCGAACUGGCGCGCGAAGGUGGGCGGGAACGGGAAGAAGACGGCCGCGAGGGGGAGGGGGGCGGGCAGAUCGAAAUCGAGCUCGGCGCGCGCGACGAUGGACGCGUCGCGCGGGUGA